CAUAUUUCUGUCAACCACCUUGCGUGUAUCGCAAGUAUGGCGGCCCAGGAGGCGUCUCGGCGAGUGCUCGGCCAGAAGUUUGCCGCUCCGAGUCCCGCAUGAGAAGGAUGAGUCAGCCACGGCCCAGGGCAAGAAGAAGAAGAGCAGCGCGGCCUUGAUGCGGACACAAGCCGGCCGGUCGGCGGCGUCCGGCUGACGGAGGAGCCGCCUAUAUCUCGUCUUCGCUUAAAGUUAAAAAGUCUCCCGGCACGGGGUGGGGAAGGAGCUCGGACGCCUGGAGGAAAAGUCCUAACCCCGGUUGUUGGAUUAAAACAAAAACAACUUUUUAAUUUGGAAGAUUUGGUGGCGAAAGUGCCGCCGAGAAGCCGCAGCCAACUGUUGACUUCCUCGGUCUGCCUUCAAAGGAACCAGCGGCUAACGCUAGCUAGCCUCCAUGGCUACUUUCCACGCUAACACAACUUUAUAUCACCACAUUCCCGUGAAACACCCCAAAUUCCAUUAAUGCACGAUAAAAAGAGCCACACUGCAGUCGUACCAAUCUGCACCCCUGACACUCCGGGAGGAAGCCAAGGAAAAGGACUCCUCCUGUUUUCCCUCUUCUCAAACGCUUCAACCGUCGGACGGCGUGCGACCCAAUCCAGCUUGGCGCGGUCCCGGCUGCGGCCUGGCAUCCUGCCCUUAUGGGGCAGCAGCCGGGGAAGUUUGUAGGGGACCAGAGGAGACCCAGUCUGCCGGCCUUCAUCAAGGGGGUGAAGAGGGAGUCGACGCGCCACGGGAACCAGCCCUGCAAUGUGUUUGCUGUGCACGAAGCUCUCCAGAGGCCGGACUUAGAGGGUCAAGGUCUGAGCGAAGCGGCCCGCUGGAAUUCCAAAGAGAACCUGUUGGCCGGACCCAGCGAGAAUGACCCUAACCUGUUUGUGGCGCUCUACGACUUUGUGGCCAGUGGCGACAACACACUCAGCAUUACUAAAGGCGAGAAGCUGCGGGUGCUGGGCUACAACCACAAUGGCGAGUGGUGCGAGGCGCAGACCAAGAAUGGCCAGGGCUGGGUGCCAUCCAACUACAUCACCCCUGUCAACAGCCUGGAGAAGCACAGCUGGUACCACGGGCCCGUGUCGCGCAACGCCGCCGAGUACCUGCUCAGCUCGGGCAUUAACGGGAGCUUCCUGGUGCGCGAGAGCGAAAGCAGCCCCGGCCAGAGGUCUAUUUCCCUGCGCUACGAGGGCAGAGUCUACCACUACAGGAUCAACACCGCUUCGGACAGCAAGCUGUACGUCUCCUCGGAGAGCCGCUUCAACACGCUGGCCGAGUUGGUGCACCACCACUCCACUGUGGCCGACGGCCUCAUCACCACGCUGCACUACCCAGCGCCCAAGCGCAACAAGCCCACCAUCUACGGCGUGUCGCCCAACUACGACAAGUGGGAGAUGGAGCGCACCGACAUCACCAUGAAGCACAAGCUGGGCGGGGGCCAGUACGGAGAGGUGUACGAGGGCGUGUGGAAGAAGUACAACCUCACUGUGGCCGUCAAGACGCUGAAGGAAGACACCAUGGAGGUGGAGGAGUUCCUUAAGGAGGCGGCUGUGAUGAAAGAAAUCAAACAUCCCAACCUGGUCCAACUCUUGGGUGUGUGCACGCGGGAGCCUCCGUUCUACAUCAUCACGGAGUUCAUGACGCACGGCAACCUGCUGGACUACCUGAGGGAGUGCAACAGGGAGGAGGUGAACGCCGUGGUGCUUCUCUACAUGGCCACGCAGAUCUCCUCCGCCAUGGAGUACCUGGAGAAAAAGAACUUUAUACACAGGGACCUGGCCGCCCGCAACUGCCUGGUGGGGGAGAACCACCUGGUGAAGGUGGCCGACUUUGGCCUGAGCAGGCUGAUGACGGGGGACACCUACACGGCCCACGCUGGGGCCAAGUUCCCCAUCAAGUGGACGGCUCCAGAGAGUCUGGCCUACAACAAGUUCUCCAUCAAGUCUGACGUCUGGGCGUUCGGCGUGUUGCUGUGGGAGAUCGCCACCUAUGGGAUGUCGCCGUACCCGGGCAUCGACCUGUCCCAAGUGUACGAGCUGCUGGAGAAGGACUACCGCAUGGACCGCCCCGAGGGAUGCCCGGAGAAAGUCUACGAGCUGAUGAGGGCCUGUUGGCAGUGGAACCCUUUAGAGCGACCGUCUUUUGCCGAAACCCACCAGGCCUUCGAGACCAUGUUCCAGGAGUCCAGCAUCUCAGACGAGGUGGAAAAGGAGUUGGGGAAGAAAGGCAAGAAGGUGACGCUGGGCCCCAUUCAGCAGGCCCCCGAGUUGCCCACCAAGACCAGGACCACCAAGUCCCUCCGCCUCCGGUGCAAAAACACGGACAACCGGGAUGGAGAUAGUCCAGGUGAAAGCUCCUCGCACCUUCGUGGUGAUGUCACAGGGUUGUCACACGGAUCCUCUGCCCCUUGUCCCUCAGACCCCCUGGACCAAGACGCCGCGGUGUCGUCCCCCAUGCUGCCCAGGAAAGAGCGCCCCCUCCUGGACGGCAACCUGAACGAGGACGACCGCCUGCUGCCCAAAGACAAGGACAAGACCCGAGGCAGCGGCUUCCUGAGCCUCAUCAAGAAGAAGAAGAAGAACGCGCCGGCUCCGCCCAAACGCAGCUCGUCUUUCCGAGAGAUGGACAUCCAUGCCGACCGGCGGGGUGCGGACCCCCGGGAUGGCGACUGCGUUAACAACGGCGGGACUUCGAACGUUAACGACGGCACCCACGCACUAGACUCCUCCAGGUUCCUGGGCAACAACGGGGCAGGGGGCAUCACCAACGGAGCGCCCACCUACCCCGGGCCCUUGUUUCCCAGGAAGAAGGGGGCGCCCGCUGUGCCCGGACCUCUGGGCAAGGCAGAGGAAGAAGUCAUGACGAACUCCAAACGCUUUUUCUGGUCGUCGAGUCUCCCCAUCGGCUCGGACGGCACCGAGUGGCGAUCGGUCACGCUGCCGCGGGACCCGGGGCAUCGCCACUUUGACUCCGGGACCUUUGGCGGGAAACCGGCUCUCCCCCGCAAGAGGACCGGCGAGAAAGGGGACGCCGGCCCUCGGAUGGGAACUCUCACCCCGCCGCCACGUCUGCCCAAAAAGACAGAGGAGACGGCGGAUUUGUCCAAAGACGCUGAAAGUCCUGGAUCCAGUCCCCAGGCGCUGACCCCCAAAGUGGUCAGGAGGCCGGCGCUGGCGGGACUGGAGAACUCCAAGACCAGCGCUCUGCACGCCGAGCUCCUCAAGCCCAGCGUCUUCCCAGCUUUGGGGGCCGCCGGGGACGAGUGUAGGGCCCGCAGAAACAAGCACACUGCGGACUCUGUCCGAGAGAGGGGGAAGUUCCAGAAACCCAAACCGGCUCCUCCUCCGCCGCCUGCCACCGCCAAAACAGGCAGGACCUCCCGCAGCCCCACCCAGGACCUCCCCUCCCCCUCAUCAGAAAGCCGAGUUAAAGGCCUCCCGUCCGCCUCCGACCCCCAACCAGCCAGUGAGCAAGGGCGCUCGCCCCUCAGCGAGGCCCCCAAGAAGCUUCCCCUGGGCUGCAACUCCAAACCUCAACCGCUCAAGACCUCCACCUCGCUGAACAGCUCCCUGGGGGGCGAAGCGGGCCCGCCCACCGCCUUCAUCCCCCUGGUGAACACCCGCCGCUCUCUCCGCAAGACGGCGCCGCGCCAGGCCUCGGAACGCACGCCCAACUCGGCGGUGACGCGCGAGAUGGUGCUGGAGGGCGCCGAGCGGCUCCGCGCCGCCAUCGGCCGCAACUCGGAGCAGACGGGCAGCCACAGCGCCGUGCUGGAGGCCGGCAAGAACCUGUCCAAGUACUGCGUGAGCUACGUGGACUCCAUCCAGCAGAUGAGGAACAAGUUCGCCUUCCGCGAGGCCAUCAACAAGCUGGAGGGCAGCCUGCGCGAGCUGCAGAUCUGCCCCGCCGCCUCCGGGGGCGCCAACGCGCAGCAGGACUUCAGUAAGCUGCUGUCCUCCCUUAAAGAGAUCAGCGACAUCGUUCAGAGGUAGCGUAGUUCUCUCCUCGUUAAUGAACUGAACCGGGGGAGGGGAAGCCGGGGGGGGCAUUAACUCUGCUUCCUGUCAGGGUCCUGUUGGCGAGCCCGGGCUGACGAUCCCAACGGACGGAAGCCGAGGAACGUGCAAGUUAGACCAAACUAUGAACGAGCAACGUGCUCGACGUCACGCUUGAAAGGAAGGUGCCCGAUUUUUUUCCCUCAUUUUGGUUGCGUUCACAUUUGUGGGUCAGUUGAAAAAAAGUGUGUUUUUGUCAUGUGACCAAGCGGACGACAAGCCUCGUUUCAUGAAGUGUCGGUCCGCCCGUUUGGUGCACCAUAGUUCAUUUUAAGAAAACAUGACAAAUGUGAACGCACCUGAAGUUAAAAAAACGUGCCUUUUAAUUCAUAGUUCCAUUUUCAUCAGUUUGUGCACUCGUUAAGUAUUUUCUAUGUUCUGUGUGAAUGUGUUGAUUUUUUCCCAAUGUGGUCGUUGCAGUAAUUGCGACCACUUUGCCAUACAUACCCAAACGAGAGCAGGUAAGUUUGUGUGCCUUAAAGACUUCUCCCCCACCCCAUACCAAAAAAAAAAAAAUCCCCAAUAUUUACUAGGGAGGGACCAUAAAGACCUUUUUUUGUACAUGCCAUUUGAUAAAAAGCCAUCAGUAGCAGCUUGAAGAGAUGACAGACUGAAAGUGUUGCAAGCAAAUGUCUCCUUGGGGAAACACUGGACUGAAUGUUUGAUGGAUCUGUCACUUGCUGUUUUCAAAUCUACAAGUGUGUGUGUGUGUGUGUGAGAUUGUGAAGCCAGAGGACUCCAAAACCACAAUUUGGAUGUGGUAUUGUCACUUUUUUGUCCCCAUUCUGCCACCAUGCCACUACUCCUCAUCCUCUUUGUAAAUAGGUUUUCUCAUCCUUUCUUUAGCCUCGUGCAAUUGUUGUUGCAAUAAAAUUACAAACAAA